UAGUAAUCAUCCAGGAGCAAGACAUCAAAGUAAACAGACAGCAAAUCUGAUAUAAACUCAGGGUAUGUGUUGAAUAUUUGAAAAAAAAAAGUAUUUUAAAAAUGUCUGAUGCUUUUGAAGAAAUCCAGGCUAUAAAAAUAAAACGAAACAGCUUGCGUGAAAAAUUGCAAAAGAGAAAACGUGAAAGACAUGAAUUGUUUACUCUAACUCUGCCCAAUACGACAAGUCUUGGUGCGGAUGCUGUCAAUUCUGAGUCGAUAGUGAUAACAGAUCACGUAAAAAAUGAUGAAUUCGAACGUGAAAUUUUGUAUUUAUUGCGGCAAAGUCUUCCAAGUACGACGACAACGUCAGCGGAUCUCAGUAUCCAGCUGAGAAAAAAUUUAAGCGCUGAUGUUUCUCAUGGAGAUAUCAAAAAAAUACUUGAAAAAUUAGCGGCACAAGAUGUAGUGAAAAUGAGAGAAGUUACGGAGGACGGAGUCCUGGGCUACACUAUUCUGUCAGUUGAGUCUGUGUCAACUCAGAUAAAAAUAGACGACCUGGUAAAUAAUGACAACACGGACACAACUUCGCAGGAGAAGACUGACGACGAUGACCCGGAGGAAGAGGAUGACGAGAGCGUCAGUCCAGACAAGCAACCGAGGCUUGAUCUUAAAAACGCAGAAGAUAUAAUGUCUCUGCUGUCAAUGCCAACAAUUCGAGAGAAAGAGAGCAAGAAAGUUGGAGAACAAAUUUUGGAUUUACUGUCAAAGCAAACGUCCAAAGAAAAAUCAUUGGCUGAACGUUUCCGUUCACAAGGAGGCGCCCAGGUGAUGGAGUUUUGUCCCCAUGGGACUAGAGUUGAGUGUGAAAAACUCAACGGAAGUGGAAGUGGAGCUUCUAAAUGUAAAAAAUUGCAUUUUAAAAAAAUAAUUCAGGGUCAUACUGAUGAAUCAUUAGGCGAUUGUAGUUUUUUAAACACGUGUUUCCAUAUGGAUACAUGCAAAUACGUUCAUUAUGAAGUUGAUGGUUCGACGGCGCUAUCAAAGGAACACAUCAACGAAACAGAUCUAUCAAGUGUAAAUAAUACAACAAAGUUAGCCGUCGAAACACCUGGGCAAGUUACUGGACCAGGUUCAGGCACUGAGUUAACUCUGUACCCGCCUCAAUGGAUCCAAUGCGACUUGCGGUACCUAGACAUGACGGUCCUCGGUAAAUUCGCAGUAAUUAUGGCCGACCCGCCGUGGGAUAUCCACAUGGAGCUGCCUUACGGUACCAUGUCCGACGACGAGAUGCGACAACUGGGCAUUCCUGCUCUGCAAGAUGAAGGUCUACUAUUCCUCUGGGUAACUGGCAGAGCUAUGGAACUUGGACGCGAGUGUCUGCAACUCUGGGGCUACGAGAGAGUCGACGAAAUAAUAUGGGUAAAAACUAACCAGCUGCAGAGGAUCAUCAGGACUGGACGCACAGGCCACUGGUUGAAUCACGGCAAGGAACACUGUCUUGUAGGCAUGAAAGGUAACCCUCGUAUCAACCGUGGACUUGAUAGCGAUGUGAUAGUCGCUGAAGUACGGGCGACAAGUCACAAACCCGAUGAAAUUUACGGUAUAAUUGAGCGGAUGAGUCCCAGCACCAGGAAAAUAGAAUUAUUUGGUCGACCGCACAACGUUCAGCCGAACUGGAUAACCCUCGGCAACCAAGUUGAUGGUGUCCAUCUAAUAGACCCUCAGCUCAUCAAAGCCUUUCGCAAGCGUUACCCCGAUGGCAAUUCCAUGAAACCCAAUAAGACUUGAUUUCAAUAAACAUAUAUGUGUAUGUAUAUG